UGUGGUGGUAGAGUCCGAGUUGAUCUCGUUUGUGAGAAAGUAACUUAGUUUGGUUUGUGCGGUCAAAGAGUAUGUGACAAUAGUGUUGAAAGAGAAUGUGAUGAGUCGACAUGCCCUCGGACGAGGAAGCUGACGCCUCUCGACUGGCGAUUUUCGAGAAAUACGAGACGGGCCGAGAGGGUGGUGUGGAGGUGGAAGACUGGGAAGACCCUAAUCUUCAGCUGUAUGCCGUCACCGAUCGCUAUGGCUUCAUGCACAAAGAGCGACUUCCGCCAACGACCCCCAGUGAAAAGGAUCUGGAGGUCAUGCGGCAGCGCGCUCUCAAGUGGACCAGGAUGAUCGGGCGGUGGGAGACGCAUAGCGACACACCGAUGUUUCGGCGUCGCAUCUUCAAGGGUGUGCCGGAUGGCGUCAGGACAGUGGUGUGGUCCAAGCUCCUUGACCUAGACGAGAUCAGGGUCGAAGGCCAGUAUGCUGCGGCGUACUAUGCGGCGCGGGAGAAAGGAAACUACAGAGACAUUGAGCAAAUCGACAAGGACAUUGCCCGUCGGUUUCGGGAGCACGUCAUGUUUCGAGAGCGCUAUGGUCUUGGACAACAGACACUAUUCCGGAUACUAGCAGCGUACACUAUGUACAACCAGGAGCUGGGAUACUGCCAGGGUAUGGACUCCAUAGCUGGUCUGCUCAUGAUGUACAUGAGCGAAGAGGAUGCCUACUGGGGAAUGUGUCGACUAAUGAGCAGUGAAAAGUUUGCCAUGCAUGGUUUGUAUGUGAACGAGCUGCCCAAGGUGCGCGAGAUGUGCGCACACCACGGCACGAUCCGGCAAAAGAUCAUGCCCAAAGUCAACCAGCAUCUGGAGUCAAUGGGAUUUGACCCAAUGCUGUAUGGCACCAAAUGGUUCAUGGAAGGCUUCCAAGAGCGGUUACCGUUCUCGCUUGUAUUACGCAUUUGGGACGUGUAUCUUUACGUUGGUGAUGACGUGAUGCACUCUAUGGCUGCGCUGCUGUUGAAGAUGUUUAAAAAGCAGCUACUGAAGCAGUCGUUCGAAGAGCUGCAUGAGUUCAUGAAGGAGCUGCCUGGUCGGAAGUUUGACAAUGAUGAAGUCUUGGAUAGCUUGCAUGAAAUGCUACAAGACCUGAGCAAGCAGAAGCUGAGUAGGAUCCCGAAGUCGGCGUCGGCCAUGUUCAUUCCAUCGCGUGCUCCUCCAGAGUACCCUGAGCCGCCGCCGGAGUUCCGAAGUGUGUCGCUGAGACGCUCGCACCGCACGUCCACGCCGAACCUCAUCAGUUCGAUAUGACGCUGAGUGUUAUCGGUGGUAGUGGGUGUGGUGGUGAUGCCCAUGGUACCAAUGCUGUCGUUGUUGUAUGCGCGCCACCUUCUUCCAGUAUCUCUCUCUCUCUCUCUCUCUCUCUCUCUCUCUCUCUCUCGUAUCUCUCGUAUCUCUUCUUUCCUGUCCUUCUGUCAUGAGCGUUGUUACCUAUUGUCACUAAUGUUGUUGAUGUUGUUCUUGUUCUUGUCGUUGUCUUCACGUCAUUGUUCUUGUCAUUGUUGUCGUUCUUCAUGUCAUUGUCAUCCUCUUUUUGUGACUGUUCCCUAUGCUCGCUAUCCAUGCUGUCUGUCUUCUACUCUCUCUCUCUGUCUCUUCCAACCUGCACAUCUGCAUGUCAUGCUAUCCAACUGUUGUAUUCGAACUCCCGGUCAUAGCCUGUAAGCCAACAAGGCUCCGGGCAUAUUGUGCGUAAAUUCAUAUGUUGAUACACAUGCUUUCUCUGUCAUUUCAUUAAAUUUUUUAUUAUUUUUUAUUGUUGGCUCAAUUCAAUUUCACUCAUGAAACUUGCCUGGUAUUCUGAUUAAUAAGUUUAAUCUUGUUUUUUUUGCAUUAUGUCACAGCCUUUCUUGACCCUAAGUUUAGUUGAUUUCCCCUCCUGGCACCCGAAUAUCACGGUACUAUCAUCUUGCAUGCACACGUUUGUGCGUGUGUGUGCGCGCGUAUGUGUGUGUGUGUGUGCGUGUGCGCGUGUGCAAUAAAUUAUUAUAAUGUA